CCUUACAAGCUAGGACAACAAGCCGAGUGAUUUUCACAACGAACCUAAAGCGGUGAUGUUUCGGAGGCUGAGCGAUACCGUCGAGAACCGACUGGCUUUCAGACAGUAAUUUAGUUAAUUUCAGCACUUUAUGGAAUGUACCCAUGUCGCCGUUGAGCAGAAUAUACAAGAACGUUUUGAAUGAAUAGACCUCGUUAUCAUUCAGGACCAUGUGUUGAGAAAACCGAGCGGAGAAAAAAAGAAAGAAAGGACCGUUUGGGAGGCUGUCUGGACCCCCCGGAGGACGAAGCGUUUCUAGCUAAUAGAAACUCAGGGCUGCCAAGAGGGAUAUACACUCUCACAGCGACACAGCCAGCGAACGGGACACGGAACAGAGGAUAAUCUGGCCGAGGCUACCCGUGACAAUCUCCUGGUGCGAAAAUAACACCUGACUACAGCGACGUCGGCCAACACUGUCACCUGAAAACAAAACAAGCGUCCACCGCCUUGCAGUGUUUUGAGGAUGAACCACUUAUCCCUCAGCGAGCUAUGCUGCUUGUUCUGCUGUCCGCCGUGCCCCAGCAAGAUUGCCUCUAAGCUGGCCUUCCUGCCUCCAGAGCCCACCUACAGUCUCAUGUCCGACGACAGCGGCAGCCGCUGGACGCUGCACCUCUCCGAGCGCGCCGACUGGCAGUACUCGUCCCGCGAGAAGGACGCCAUCGAGUGCUUCAUGACCCGCACGACAAGAGGGAACCGCAUUGCCUGUAUGUUUGUCCGCUGCUCACCCAGCGCUCAAUACACGCUGUUGUUCUCCCAUGGAAACGCGGUGGACUUGGGCCAGAUGAGCAGCUUUUACAUUGGCCUGGGUUCACGCAUCAACUGCAACGUCUUCUCCUACGACUACUCGGGCUACGGGGCGAGUUCUGGGAAACCCUCCGAGAAGAACUUGUACGCCGAUGUAGACGCCGCCUGGCAGGCACUCCGCUCACGGUAUGGCAUCCGUCCAGAGAACGUGAUCGUGUACGGCCAGAGCAUCGGCACCGUGCCCUCCGUGGACCUGGCUUCUCGCUAUGAGAGCGCUGCAGUCAUCCUCCACUCCCCGCUCACCUCCGGCAUGAGGGUGGCCUUCCCCGACACCAAGAAGACCUACUGCUUUGACGCCUUUCCAAACAUCGACAAGAUUGCGAAGGUGACGUCCCCGGUGCUGGUGAUCCACGGUACGGAGGACGAGGUCAUCGACUUCUCCCACGGCCUGGCGCUGUAUGAGCGCUGCCAGCGCCCCGUGGAGCCGCUCUGGGUGGAGGGGGCUGGACACAAUGACGUAGAGCUCUACGGACAAUACCUGGAGAGACUCAAACAGUUCGUUGCACAUGAGCUGGUCAACUUGUAGUGGAGAGAAACGCUUUUUAAGAGGGGUCGGAUGAUGGAGAAGGGGUACUUUUUUUUUUUUUUUUUUUUUUUUUUUGUGUGAAGUGAUGAAGGUAAAAGUAGUGUUUGUGUAGUACUGACGUUUCGGUGGCAGUCUUCUGUCAUUGUCGAGCACCUCUCCAUCUUGGAGCUCCAGUUUGUCCGUCGGUACCGUCAACUCCACGUGCUGCAGCUGUGAACUUACAAGUACCCACCAUUUUGUUUUUGCUUUUAGAUUUUCUUUUUAUUAAGUUGAAAAUUGCACAUUAUGAAAGUGUGUGUGAAUGACAGAAGUAGACUUGUGCACAGACAACGUACCAUGUGUAUAUGCAGUAUAUGAGAGAGAGAGAGAGUGUGUGUGUGUGUGUGUGUCACACAGUCACAUUUUUGCUGCCUUUUGAGAAGGACGUGGUCCACGGUUCUUAACGGCGCGGUUCUGGAGGCGUUCCAGGUUCUAAGAAACAGCCUUUCUACAAACUGGACUGGAUCACAAGUGGACCAGACUCUCUAAUCCAACGGGACUCAUCUGACUUUGAGAUCAGGUUCGGUCCCGCACUGUGCAGUCACCAUGAAUUUAUUUUCUGGAUUACUGUUCAUUAUGUUUUUUAUAUUAUACAUGGUAUUUUGCACGUAUCAGCUGUCACUGACAAACUGUACAAGACAAACUGAUAUUAUCUAGCUGGGCCAGUGUUGCCAAAUUCUUAGUAUAGUAUAUAGAGU